UUUGAUAAGAACUUAAAUUCGCUUUUCACCGAAUUCUAGUAGACAACCAGCUCUGCUCAGGUCAUGAGGGUUGAGAGACUAGCAUUGGCCAUGUGAGCUUGAGGAUGUCAGCCAGCCAAGUGAUGAGUGCAAGUUUUAUAAUCAUUAUGAUGCACAGACCGAGAGGAUGUCUUUUGCAUCAACAUCCUCGGUCAUGUACAUUUAAGCUACUUACAUUUGAUAUAAGCUAGUAAAACUUUCUAAACUUGAUCAGUGGUAAUUUGAUAAGGUCAAUAUUUGAAGCGAGCUCUGUAACUCAAAAACUCUCUCUCUGCAUGGUUAUCUUCAUUAUGACAUUCAAGGCUGUACGAAGUGCGUCAGCUUCUCCACCUGCUGUAGGUCAUCUGUCAUCAACGAUUUCAGCAUAGGCUCAUCAUCGCGGGGGUCAUAUAAGUGAGCAGUGCGAUCAAGUAACUAGCUUGGCUACUGCUUUGCAAAUUUUGCUGGCUUCAAUGACGUACAACAUUUGCUCCAUAUAGCUAUUGCUACCAAAAUUUGGCUUUGUGUAAAUCUUUACACUCUGUGCUGGCUUCUAUCUGGAUGUGUAUAACCGCCGCUGCAUUGCACAACUUAGCACGAUUGCAACUCGAUCCAUCCUCCGAAUUAUUGGUUGUGGCUCCCAGGCAUACCUGCUUCUUUCAUCGGUCGUUUAAGGCCGCUGGCUUGCUCCUCAGAUCGGAAGCCCUAAGAAGCGUUUAUCCUUCGACUAAACACGCUGGCAAAACACUUGCCCGUAGCACGGUCUUGAAGCAAUAUUCUCUGUCUGACGUCUGGCAUCCUCGCGGGCAGUACAGGCACCAGUUUUGUCACAGGACAUCGCACUGGGGAAUGGUCCAUUAUCCAUCACUAUGCCUUACUGUAUUCCGUUCCCAUGUUCUUGAUGUCGCCGCUGCCAAAUCGCGUUUUCCCGACAAGGACAGACUUGUACCUAAGCCCUGCUUCUCGAUAUAAAUGUUUACAAGCGUGUUAUAUGCGGUCUUUUCGAUUACCCUUAACUUCUACUGAAGAACCUUCGCUCUCGUUGACUCACCCACAAUUUGCAAUUUGUAUGCGCUGC